AUGACCAAAAGUCUGAUUGGAAAAGCUAUGUAUCAGCACUGGGUCAAGCUUAUAUUGCCACCAAAAGUGAUGGAACCGGUUGCUCUUCCUGUCCAACGAAUGAGGCAGAGACUUGAGUAUGCUUAUAAGUCUCCAGUUCGAGAAUCUGGUCCACAGGCCGAACAAAACAAGGCUGCUUACAACAGUCGGGUACGAGAGUCAAACAUCAGCAUGGGUGACCGAGUACUGAUUAGAAAGCAACAUUCUACAUCCCCCAUCCCAUCAACAUUCUUCAUCCCCAUCCCAUCAACAUCCACAAUCCCCCAUCCCACCAACAUCCACAAUCCCCCCUCCCAUCAACAUCCUCAAUCCCCCAUCCCAUCAACAUCCUCAAUCCCCCAUCCCAUCAACAUCCUCAAUCCCCCAUCCCACCAACAGCCACAAUCCCCCAUCCCAUCAACAUCCUCAAUCCCCCAUCCAUCAACAUCCUCAAUUCCCCAUCCCGUCAACAUCCUCCAUCCCCCAUCCCAUCAACAUCCUCAAUCCCCCAUCCCACCAACAGCCACAAUCCCCCAUCCCAUCAACAUCCUCAAUUCCCCAUCCCACCAACAGCCACAAUCCCCCAUCCCAUCAACAUCCUCAAUCCCCCAUCUCAUCAACAUCCUCAAUCCCCCAUCCCACCAACAGCAACAAUCCCCCAUCCCAUCAACAUCCUCAAUCCCCCAUCCCAGCAACAUCCUCAAUCACCUUAUCAGAUCAACAUCCUCAAUCCCACAUCCCAUCAACAUCCUCAAUCCCCCAUCCCAUCAACAUCCUCUAUCCCCCAUCCCAUCUCCAUCCUCCAUCCCACCAACAUCCUCAAUCCCCCAUCCCAUCAACAUCCUCCAUCCCCCAUCCCACCAACAUUCUCCAUCCCCCAUCCCAUCAACAUUCUCCAUCCCCCAUCCCAUCAACAUCCACAAUCCCCCAUCCCAUCAACAUUCACAAUCCCCAUCCCACCAACAUCCACAAUCCCCCAUCCCACCAACAUUCUCCAUUCCCCAUCCCUUCAACAUCCACAAUCCCCCAUCCCAUCAACAUCCUCCAUCCCCCAUCCCAACAAUAUUCUCAAUCCCCCAUCCCAUCAACAUCCUCAAUCCCCCCCAUCCCAUCAACAUCCACAAUCCCCCAUCCCAUCAACAUCCUCAAUCCCCCAUCCCAACAAUAUUCUCAAUGCCCCAUCCCAUCAACAGCCUCAAUACCCUAUCCAAUCAGCAUCCUCCAUCCCCUCCCUUCAACAUCCUCAAUCCCCCUUCCAAUCAACACACUCACUCCUCCGUCCCACCAAAAUCCUCAAUUCCAAUCCCAUCAACACCCCCAAUCCCACUUUUCGACACCCUCAAUUCGCCAUAA